CCGGGUUAAAUUCGUUCGGUCUAAAAAAGAAAACAUUUAGAAAUAUCGAAGCUGUUAAGAAGCGACUGUUAAAUUUUAAUGCUUCUUUAUGUUUGCGAUUUAAAUUAGAAACACGUAACGGAUGGCAGGUUUACCACCCGGAGACCCUCAGUUGGUCUCUAUGAUCGUCAAUCAUUUAAAAACGCAAGGUCUUUUUGAUCAAUUUAGAAGGGACUGUUUGGCAGACGUGGAUACGAAGCCUGCAUACCUGAAUUUAAGACAGCGAGUGGACAACUUCGUGUCCAAUCACCUUUCCAACCAUACAUGGAGUCCUCACUUGAACAAGAAUCAGUUGAGAAACAACAUCCGGCAGUUAGUACUUCAGAGGUCUGGGAUGCUGGAGCAAGGAGUUGACAGGAUAGUCGCUCAAGUGGUGGAUCCCAAAAUCCAUCACACCUUUAGGCCGCAGGUGGAGAGGGUGGUCCGUGAAUUCCUCUCCCCUGGAAGCUAUGUUGAGGAACACCCUGUCCUGUCUGCUCCUGUGGAGGAUAAGCAAGAGUUGAAUCUAUUAGUACAAGCAAAUCCAUCUGCCCCUGCUACUUCAAUGGCAGGUGAUGCCAUGUCCAUUCUGGAUACAAUUACCAACCUGAACCAGGAAGCCAGCUCCCGGGCCAGCUCCAAUGGAGAGAAGGGCCGUAAAGGAGGCAGUGAGAAGGAUCAAUUCUCAGAUUCCAUGCAGGAGGCUGAAGCAGGACAGCAGGAAACAGGUCUGUUGGAGGAAGGGGAAGAGGACCAGAAGAGGAAGACACCAGAGCAGGAAGAGGAAGCAAAGCUUGUGUCAGAGGUCCAGGCCAUUGAAGUCAAAACUGAGGACGUACAGGAACAGUACUCUGAGAGAGAGGGUAUGACUGAGGAUGAGGAGGAAGAGUUUCGAAAUCAAGAGCAGACAGAAGAGAGCAAAGAAGUCAAGAGCACUGGACUGUUGAAAGAUGAGGUACAGAACAAGGAUUUGGAUCCCCUUCAGUCCCCCAAUGAGAAACACCAUAUCAAGCAGAAGGCCAGAGAGAGGUUAAAAGAAGAAUAUUCUUUGGAGGAUUCUGAUCUUGAUGGCCUCAGUGACAUCACUGUGAGCUCGGUCCACACCAGUGACCUGUCCUCAUUUGAGGAGGACAGCGAUGAUGAGCAGCCACUAUCCGAUUCUACAGAAGACGGCGAAGUCUCGUCCGAAAAUGAUAAGUCUGAGGAAAAGAAGACCAAUGCUGAAGAUGACAACGAGGGUUGUGCCGAGCGCAAGCCACGCCGACAGGCCUAUGUCCAUAAACCCUUCCUCUACUCACGUUAUUAUAGCGACUCUGAUGAUGAAGUCACAGUGGAGCAGCGUCGUCGGUCAGCAGCCAAAGACAAGGAGGAGAGGCUGUUGAAAAGACAGCAGAACAGGGAACGCAUGGAGGAGAAGCGUAGACAGAAGGCAGCUCAAGUUGAAGACCAGGAGACAAGGCUGCAGACUCCUUCACCCAGCCUGGAAGCUCAGGAUCCCAGGGCGAAAGCAGCUCGCAAGGAAAAAAAAGUUCUUGAGAAAAAGAUGGCUGUUAGUAGGAAGAGGAAGCGAGACUUGCGGAAAGAGGGAUAUGUAAUAGUCAAGAGAAAAGAAGAUACAUCAGGGGACAUUAACAAAAAAGAAGAAGGAAAAUCUACUUCCUGUAAGAGCUUUCAUCACAAGUCAGUCAGAAAAGUCUCAGAGUCUGUAGCAGCAGAAGAUGGGUACAGAAGGAAGAGCGGAAGCAUCUCUGAGGACGCUGGAGAACCUAGAAAGCUGACAGAUAAAAGUCGAACACAUUCCUUUAUCCUGGACUUGGAGCAGGGAUCUGAGUCACCACUCAGGCAGCGACUCGCCGGAAAAUUUGACCGCCUUUCUCGCAAGGAGUUAAACCCCAAAGAGCGCAAAGAGAAAGAGCGCAGCCUGUCAGACGAGCGUGCCAAAUUUAAGCAGAAGAGGGUAGGCGGUGAAUACCACACAGAGCAGAAAGAAGGGGUCCUCAUAAAAAUAUCUUCUGAUGACAAGGGCGAAAGAAAGUUCAAGGUCAAAGGUGACCGGAAAGUGUCAAUGAAUGUCAGGGAAGGUAGGGCUUCUGUUUCAGAAGGGGGUGCCUCUGAUGAGGGGGCUGGCAGGGAAAUCACAACCAAGAAGGGGAAGCUGCCAUCUGCUGAAGCUGCCAAAUUUGAGAAGGACAAGAUGAAAGAGAAGGAGAAAGACAAGAUGAAAGACAAGGACAGGGAGAAGGGCAAAGGAGAGAAGAUUACAGUUAAAAGUGGCCCUAAGCCGUUACUAUGUCCGGAUUCCACUGGCUCUUCUGAGGAAAGGUCUGACAUGGAGCCUGGAUAUGAAAUCAUCAAGAAAAAAGAGAAACACCCCAAAGAUAUCCUUAAGAGGUCAAAGAACCACAAUGAGGACAUGCGUGGAGAAAAAACGAAACCUAAACCUGACAGUGAGAAGGAAAAACCCAGUGUAGAACAUGUUACUCAGGAAAACCAGAAGCCAAGUAAGUCAGUCUCUGAAACUGAAAAAAAGUCCAGAGAGACGGAGCCUGGAUUGAAGGCCAUGGAAAAGUCUAGAUCCAAAUUGAGAGAAGAUCUAAAAGUUCAGUCUUCAUCUAAAAUGGAUAGGAAAGCCCUGGCUUUGGAGAACAAAAACAAGGGUGGGUGCAGACCUGAAAUGGCAAAGGAAAGAAAUCGUGAGGGCAGCCUGAAGGAGCAAAAGAAGGAUCCUGAAGAAAAGCAACUAGAGAAAAUGGAAGGCAGGACUGGGAAGAAAAUGGUUGACAAAAAAAUCAAAAGUCUGGUACAAAAAGAGAGCCAGGAUGAGAGAAAUGGGCAUAAAGUGGAUGAAAAGUUGAUUAAGUCAUCCUCGGUUUCGUCCCCAGCUAUUACUGAUCUACCUCUGAAAAUAAACCAUCAAUCCAAGGACACAAGCACAGACUCGGAUCGCACCGCUGCUACCUUUGCCACCUCAAUCUCUGAUGAUACGUAUGAUGCUUUGAGCGACAUCACCCCUGAACCGGAAGAUGAUGAUGAUGUUGUAAUGCGACUUCAAGAAGUGGAACCGGGUCCCUUGACAAGUGGGGCAGAUGCUCUGCUGACUUUGAUGGACAUCUGUACUUCAGCAGAUGCUAGACUUUGUGAAGGAAGUGGCAUCACCAGUGCCAUGCAGGAAGACACCUGUCCAGAGCUCUCCUUUCAGGAAGCUGACAUAAAGAUGAAAGAGGCUGCUCUGACCCUGCUCUCCAUGGACCCCGAAAGUAUCAUAUCACCUAGCUUGGUCACUCUGGAAGUCAAAGAGGUGUCCACACCUGCUCUUCAGCUGGAAACAACACUGUUUAUGAAAGAGCAGGAGGAUGCUGAGGAUGUUAUGGAAAUUGAUAAAAGUGAUGUAACGACUACUUCCUUGUAUUCAGAAAAAAUGCAUGAAUGGUCUCAAGAUGUUUCUUACACUGGUGUGAAAAUUACAGAUGUUACAACAGAGACUUUAGUUGGAGGGAUUUUGCAGGACAGUAAAGCUACUAUUGAUAGAGAUGAAAAACUAGGCCUUGUUGUUCUUGAGCAAGAGCCUGUAUUGGGAUCAUCAGUCAACAAACCAGCACCAAGUGAAGCUGCGUCUGAAACCGAAUUGGACAAUGUGAAAUCUGAAACCAUUGAGGAUUCUGAUGCAGUUCCCAUUCAGUAUGUAGCAGACACUUCUAGUCAAGCAGGUAAAGAUGAUAAAGACCAGACUGACACACAACAGCGAAAGGGAGCCCCUGGGUCUGCAAAGUCUGAUUCAGCUGAACCACCAAAGGAAACUCGACGUGGCCGGCAGAUAAAGUUGGUCAAACAAGCCAGCAUUGCAUCCAAGUCAGAUGGACAAGAGGACGAGAACGGAUCCGACCUUCCUGAAGUGGACAAUGGACAAAAGGCCUCAGAACCCAGACCUCUACGAAGAGGAAGGUCAUCUAAAACCUCUACAGAUGGGGAGGAACUUACAGAGCCUGAGAAAGUGGAGGAGACUCCCCCUCGUCGAGGAAGAUGGCCCGGUGCUUUUUCCAAAGACACAAACUCAGGAAACAACAAGAAAAAUGCAGACGAAAAAGCAAGAGAGAUCUCAGAGGAGAAACGGCAGAUUCUUCAGAAAGAAGAUGAGGAGAGGAUUGUGCAGAAAAGAGGCGGUUGUCGUGGAAAACCUACUAAACCUCUUGUCUCCAAUGAUGAGGCCAAAGAAGUCAUGGAAACCUCAGAUUCUAAGAUAACCGAUGCCCGCAAACCUGCAGUGAAGAGGAAGAGGUCUGACGAAACUGAGCAAUCUGAGCAGGUGAGCCAGUCUAGGGAACAGGAGGAAAACCUGCCUAUAGAGCAGCAGGAGGAGGAAGAUACAAAGCCUGUGGAGCCGGAAGAGGUGGAUACACAGCCUGAGGAGCAGGAGGAGACCCAGGCUGUUGAGCAGGAGGAGGAGGAAUCCCAGGCUGUUGAGCAGGAGGAGGAGACCCAGGCUGUUGAGCAGGAGGAGGAGGAAACCCAGGCUAUGGCGCUGGAGGAGACUCCGGCUGUGGCGCUGGAGGAGACUCCGGCUGUGGCGCUGGAGGAGACUCCGGCUGUGGCGCUGGAGGAGACUCCGGCUGUGGCGCUGGAGGAGACUCCGGCUGUGGCGUUGGAGGAGACUCCGGCUGUGGCGCUGGAGGAGACUCCGGCUGUGGCGCUGGAGGAGACUCCGGCUGUGGCGCUGGAGGAGACUCCGGCUGUGGCGCUGGAGGAGACUCCGGCUGUGGCGCUGGAGGAGACUCCGGCUGUGGCGCUGGAGGAGACUCCGGCUGUGGCGCUGGAGGAGACUCCGGCUGUGGCGCCGGAGCUGGAGGAGACCCCGGCUGCGGCGCCGGAGGAAGAGGGGGAGACCCCGGCUGCGGCGCCGGAGGAAGAGGGGGAGACCCCGGCUGCGGCGCCGGAGGAAGAGGGGCAGACCCCGGCUGCGGCGCCGGAGGAAGAGGGGGAGAUGGCGCAGGAACCCCAACCUGGGCAGAAGGAUAGCCAGAAAUUUGACAUUAGGGGGCAAGAGGAGAAACAACUUCCAGAGGACAAUGUGAGCCAGUCUGAGGAUGUGGCGGAUGGGACCGAGCAAAGCUCCAAUGAGGGCAAAAUAAACAAUGAUGAUGAAGACAAAGACACACCUCAGAAGAAGCCUGCUCGGAGAGGGAGGCCCUCGAAGGGAACCGCAUCAUCAUCUGAGGAACCAGAGGAGACUGUAUCUGAGAAGCCAGACGAGAAAGACGACAAACAAAAAGAUGCGGAAGAGGAGGACGAAGAUAUUCCCAAAACCAGAACUGCAACACGAGCAGUUGCUCGACUCGAGGCUGAGAGAAACAAACCAAGUAAGCCUUCCACAAGAGCUCGGGGGAAAGAGGAGAACAUCGCAAACACACGUGGGACGAGAGGACAGGCUUCAGCAUCAGCCAAGGCAGGGGGUCGUAAACGUGAAGCCAGUCCCCCGGCAGUGCGCACCAGAGGAGGACAAAAAUUAGAGGAGCCCACUACAAAAAGGACCAAGCGAUGAACCAGUCACAAUCCAAUGCUGCUUUGCCAAGCUGCUUUGCCAAGCCUAGCAAUUGGAAGGUUCAAGGCUUUGACUGGUUUUUACAGACUGUUUAAAUUGUAAAUGGGAAAUGCACCUAAAUAUGUUGCUAUGUCACCUGGGAACUGUAAAUAGAAGGUUUAUGCUAAAUGGCUUGAAUAUUAUUCAUUGUGACUACAUAGGUGUGUACAAGCUCCUUGUGCAAAAAAUAUUCAGAGCCCUGCCAGUUCAUAUUUUAUUUGUGAAUUUAAACUUGUUUGAAUCCUACCUUUCUCUUCAGUCUUGUGUUGGAUAGGGACAUGUGGGGGUUGGAGGACAGUAUGAUCUAGCAAUGGUGCCCCUAACCUGUAUUUAGCUUAUGACACUAUCCAUUUCUAUACAGUAUUAUAGACAUUGCCCGGAUAGAGGUAACUAAGGCUAAGGAUUUCUGGGCCCCUUUACUGCUUCACCAUGGCCCCACAUGUUUUAGAUUUCAUUGUUAUUUUAAGAUUUAAGCAUAUAAUACCUCAUAAUACAGAGCAUUAGUGACCAAUCAUAGGUCUUAUGCAGAGAGCUGACUUUAACGCUAGUGGAGAGGACUUAACAAUCUUUGUCACUGACAGACCUUUUUUUGUCUGUGUUGGUCACUCCAGUUUCUGCACCCCUUUCAAACAUUUUUUUCAAACUAUAAAUCCAAAAACAUUGAGAUAUAUUUAGAACUUGGUGUUGUUUUUGCUAAUUUCCGUCAGUUUCCAUACCCAGAAUUCUCUCCUGUUACUGUGGACAUGAAAAUAUUAAUUCUAUGAAUGUAAAGGAGAAUGUUUGUCUUCUUUUUCCUUCUAUGCUUUUAGGUUUUUACAUAUUGAACUGUGCUUCUUGCUACUUUUGUCAAUAAUUGAUUUAUUUUUAAUUUUUGUUGAAUUUUGUAAAAUUGCCUUUUUAUCAGUAUUGGAAGAGAUUAAAUGUUUCUCAGAACAAUUUGCAAGUGGGACUCAUUCCUCACUCACUGACUUAACCUUUGGUUUUGAUCAAAUUGUUAAAUGUGUUUCAGGCCAUUAUGUGAAAUUAACUCAAAACGCAUUACACUUCACAUUUAGUGUUUACUUUUCAGUUCAGCACAUUUUGCAUUAACAAUUCUAGUACUUACCAUCAAAUACUUUUUUGCUAUUGUAAAAUCUUGCAAAUCUGUAGAGUAUGCUUAUCUCCAAUUAAAAUGUUUGAGUGUCA